GUUGACGCUGAUGGACGGUAAUAAUUCAAGUGGAUUUGCAACUGAACCGGUAGCGCGUUGCUGGUUCCCCUCAGUCGUAAAAGUUCCUCCGAGUCAACAAUGUCAAAGCGCCUAGUGGGACCUAUGUUGCUCGUAACGAUCCUGUUCAGCAUUGCACCACGGGAGUUGCUGGCGAGGAAUUUGACCUGCGUGGAAAGGCCGGAAGCCUUCUGGCAGGAUGAGCCGGACAGCUGGUGCGUGAUCGAGGAUGUGGAUCUGGAGGAGUCGUCGGAGGAUAUCCACUUUCCGGAACAUCCGAAGAUAUACCUGAGGAACUUUAACGUGUCGUACCUGUCGCCGACGUUGCUGUUCAAGAUGCGAAGUGUGCAGCACCUGACGGUGGAGUCGAGCUCGAUGACGAAGCUGUACAUGAAGCCGACGUUGAACAGCAUGGAGAUCAAGAACAGCAACAUCUCCGAGGUGAUCAUCGACAAGGAUAGCAACUACGAGCUGCAGAACUUUAGCUUGGAAGGGAUCUAUCGGAAGCCGCUUCCGAACAAUUACAUCCGGCUGACCCACUUGGAGGAACUCUCGAUCCGGCAUAACGAUCUGACGAGAUUCAAUAUGAGACAGCUCAACGGGUUGAUCAAGCUGAAAACGUUGGAUCUUAGCUACGAUCACAUAGAACAGUUGAUCAUUCCGGAUGCGUUGCACAUACCAAAUUUGAAGGAACUCUACCUUUCCGAUAACCAACUAGAGCAACUUCCAACCAAUCUCAAACGCCUUAAAAAUUUGGAAACUCUAGACCUUCACUCCAACCAGAUCGCCUUCCUGGAGAUGAGUCGCUUCAACGGGCUGAGCAAUCUGAAGAAGUUGGUCCUCAGCGGCAAUCGGCUACAGAUCAGCACCCUUGAACCAGUUUACCUCCCAGCCCUCGAGAAGCUCGAAAUGAUCGGCUGCGGUCUCAAAGACCUGGACAUGCUCUACUGGAAGAUGCCAUCGCUCAAGUACUUCAACGUGUACGACAACAGCCUGGUGGCCAUCACCAACUUCCCGGACAGCUUCACCAAAGAGCUCGUAUUCGUCCCCACUGGUAAUCGCUGGAGCUGCCUCAAGCUGGAGGCGAUCAGCGCCAAGGUCACGAUCAAGGUCAAAGAGCGCGAUCACUACUGCGAGCACAAGGUGGCGGACAUUUGCUGCAAUGGCGGCAGCAUCGACUUCAACCUGGUCGAAACGCUGGACCGGAAGGUGCAGCUGCUCAAGUUCCAAAAUUCGAUCCUGUACGAGAAGCUCGAGGAGACCAACCACAAGCUGGAGAAGGUGAUUGGCGUCGUGGACCAGCGGGUGGUUAGGAAGUGAGAAAGCGGGGGAAAAUAACAAUACUUCCCAGCAACCGCAGCGGUUGCAUGAGCCGGUCGAAAGCAAGAAAUAUAAUGUGUAAUUUGCUGAAUUGA